GUCUUCUUCUCACUCACUUCUGGUGCUCGAAGUCCCUUCCCUGCAAAGUGUAGUGUGAGAGAGAGAAUCUAGAGAGAGAGAGAGAAAGAGAGGGAGACAGAGGGAACUUAUAGGCAGAGAGUAGAGCAAGGAACAAAAGCAAAGGAUAAAGAAGGGAACAAAAACAGGGCAUAAUCCUCUCUCUCUCUCUCUCUCUCUCUCUCUCUCUCUCUACCCCUUUCGCUCUCACAGCAUAUCUUCCUCAAAUUUCGCUCCAAAAAAGCUCUCUGUUUCUUGAUUGAUUCUUGUUGCUGAAUUCUGGAGUACUUAAGGGCUUCCUCUGCUCCUGGGUCUGUUCUCUGUUUUGGAUAUGGAUUUUUGCUGAUAAAAACAAUUGGUUCUUGGAUUCUGAAGAGAUCUUUUUGCAAUAAAAUGUCGGUCAAGAGCAGAGGAGAGCAAUCUUCGAGAGAUGUUUUGUGCAAGAAAUGGACCUUUUUGCUCUGUAUUGGCAGUUUCUGUGCUGGAAUGCUCUUCACCAGCAGAAUGUGGGCAGCGCCCGAGUCUAGAAGUAUUUCAAGGACAACUGCAGUUGAAGCUGAAGAACUAAAGUUAGUUUCAGAGGGUUGUGAUCCAAAAUCAUUGGAUAUGAAGGUUGUAAGGCGUGUAUCCAAGGACAUGAAUGGGGAAGUAUCAAAGACACAUCAUGAUAUACAAACACUGGAUAAAACUAUCUCAAAUUUGGAGAUGGAAUUAGCUGCUGCAAGGGCAGCACAGGAGUCGAUUCUCACUGGCUCUCCUAUGGAAGAGUUGAAGGACAUUGAAUUAUCUGGGAAAAGAAGAUAUUUUAUGGUGGUUGGAAUAAAUACGGCCUUUAGCAGCCGGAAAAGAAGAGAUUCAGUUCGUGCGACUUGGAUGCCACAAGGUGAAAGGAGAAAGAAGUUGGAGGAAGAGAAGGGUGUGAUUAUGCGCUUUGUCAUUGGUCAUAGUGCCACGGUUGGAGGUAUACUGGACAGAGCUAUCGAAGCAGAGGACAGAAAGCAUGGUGAUUUGUUGAGGCUGGAUCACAUUGAGGGCUACCUCGAACUUUCUGCCAAGACGAAGACGUAUUUUGCUGCAGCUGUUGCUCUAUGGGAUGCAGAUUUUUACGUCAAAGUUGAUGAUGACGUUCAUGUAAAUAUAGCAACACUAGGAGAAACAUUGGCGAGAUACCGGAAAAAGCCACGGUUGUAUAUUGGAUGUAUGAAAUCUGGUCCUGUCCUUGCUCAAAAGGGCGUGAGGUACCAUGAACCCGAGUAUUGGAAAUUUGGGGAGACCGGAAACAAGUAUUUUCGUCAUGCUACAGGACAACUAUAUGCCAUUUCAAAAGAUCUGGCUACUUAUAUCUCAAUGAACCAGCACGUACUGCACAAGUAUGCGAAUGAGGAUGUUUCGCUUGGAUCUUGGUUCAUCGGACUUGAUGUGCAUCAUGUAGAUGACAGGAGACUAUGUUGUGGAACUCCACCCGAUUGCGAGUGGAGGGCUCAGGCGGGGAAUAUAUGCGUCGCUUCGUUCGACUGGAGCUGCAGUGGGAUUUGUCGAUCGGUUGAGAGGAUUAAGGAAGUCCAUAGGCGGUGUGGGGAAGGCGAGAAUGCUAUUUGGUCGGCUUCCUUUUGAGGAAAAACCACCUUCAUUUCUUCCAAACUCAGGAAGGAUCGUAACUUAUGGGAUGUUAUACAUGUUUUUAUGUUUUGCAUUGCUGUAGGAUAGAGCACAAAUACGAUACCGACACGGUGGGAAUCGAGGAGAGAGGGAGGCCUCGCUAAGCAAACCUUCUCCAUUUUAGUAGAGAGGAGAGGGAUGGCUGCAAAAGCAGUAAGCAAGAGGCUCUCCCACUGCCCAUUCUUGUUCUGCUUUGUUUUGUUGUAUACAAAUGAGUAGCUACUGAAUAUUCAAUAGAAGCUUUCUAGCUAGCUUUGAUGCCCUUCUUGUAUUCACAAA